UAUAGAAAUAAAAAAGGAGCAACGGUUUUAAAAUCAAAUGUGCAUUAGCUUACAGUUUUUACAUACAUUUAUGAUUACUUUCUAAAAUUAAUGUUCAUCACCUUUGUUUGAGCAAAUAUAUUGUCAGACAAUCUCACAAAGCAACCUGCUUGACUUUGGCAGAUUCAUCAACGAUGCGUACGAAAAAACGGGUUCUACCGAUGCAGUUGAAAAAAAUGGUAUAUGCCGCCGGUAACGCCAUCCUUGUGGCGCAGUACGCGACUGGCGGACCAAUUCGGCUCGGUCUGUCCGCAACGGUUGCCGGACAUCAGCAACCGCACGGAAGCCCUUUUGGACUUCCCCAAAAGUAGGUUGCUGCUGCUCGAAAAGCUUCUGCCUCUCCUAUCAAAUCAAAGUGAGGACUGCCUUUACCUUAAUCUUUAUGUUCCUAGAUUAGGUAAGAAUAACCUUACUACUACUAUGUGUACUGUGUGCUUGCUGGUUGUUUUUGCUGUAUUUUUGUAAAUAUAGGCUAUGUGUCAGGAAUUAACCAA